GCUGUUCAACCUCAAGAUCGACUCGGGUUCCCAUGAUCCCUCGCUCGCAAUACCUGCCAUCCCAGCACAAGAGGUGUUACGAUGGCUCACAUUGACAGACAAGCAGCUCCAAUUGCGAGCACAUUGCGAGCAGGCGUGGGAGGCGCAGGUCAAGAAGGCCAAGGGAGCGCUGAAGCGUUGCCUUGCGCAGCUGUACGAAGUUGUGCUGGCAGCCGGUCAGGAAGGCGCAGUAUGGAGCCAAUUGCAGAGUCGAGCUCGGAUACAAUCGAAAAAGCCAUCGACCUAGCGCUGCACGCUUCACCGCCUCUGCUCUUUUGGGCAGGAUACGAUGUAACACGCCUGGUGGACGCUUCCUACCUUGUGCAAUGGACCAUUCCAAUCGCUGCCGAGCCCGUCGAGGAACGCGAGCCAUCUCGCUCACCCUCCGUCGAGCUCGUCGACGCUCCGAACAAGAGGAGGCGCCGUCAACCUCGAGAAGGUGGAUCGCCAGAUCUGCCGAGGUUGCUGUUGGGUCGGGAACAAGAUGUGGAUGCUCCACGUCGCUACGAUGCUGGAGCGCGUCGCGCGAGUGCUGUCAAGAUGCGAGGUCGCAUCUUUCCAAGAAUAUGGUACGACUUGUACGGGAAUAUCGUUGAAAAAGAGUGGGAACGAGGCCUUGGGGUUGUGCUCGGAUGGGUCUUUGAGCAGCCUGGAGUCACUCAGGUGCACCUGAUCAAGUUGCUCAGCCCCACGUACGACCGACUGGAAGCGGUGGAACUCAUUGAAGGGGCAUGCGCUACGCAAGCCAUCAGCAAGCGAACGCCAACUUCUGUCAGUGGCUCUCCAGAUCCGGAUCCGGAUCAAGUGGCUCUAUUACCUACGAGCAAAGAUUGGACCAGCUGGGCGUCGUCGAGCAGGACGGAUGCUCUGAAACCUUUCAUCUCCAGAUUCGCCACUGCUGCUUUCAAAGGUGCCAAGCGAGUGGCGGCUGCUAUUGAGGAGAGGGACAAGGAGAGCUUGGAGGGGAGCGCUUCGGACGGCGAAGGCGAAGGCGAAGGCGCAGAUGAAGAUGAAGAUGAAGAUGAAGAGGAUGAGGAUGAAGAUGAGGAUGAGCAGGAGGAUGAGCAGGAGGAAGAUUGAAGAAUGAGCCAUGCAAGAAUCCCAUCAGGUUUCCCGACCCCAGGCAUUUCGUCUUUGUUUGAAAUGUAACAAAAUAAGAGACCGAUCAUCAUGUAUUACUCAAACAACUCUUAUCCCCGCUUGUACCCCGUGUGACCGAUACACGACAUAUCUCCAAAUCAAUGCGACCACUACCCCGUGAUUGUCGCCGUACGAACACCUCUCCAACAGCAUGAACCACGCCUCGUGCAGGCCGGAAUCAUUUUCGCUCAGUACACCGUGAAUUGACCAGCUCGAUAUGGGCACGCGCGUAUGCUGCGCCAGCACGAGUGUUUGCGCCGCACCUGCAGCGAUCGAUGACGCAUCAUGACUUGUAGGGCCUCUUCUAUAAGCAGGUCUAUUACUGAUCAAGGACCGAACGUGAUGAUGUGAUUCGAACGAGUGACGUGUUGC